AUUAAACCCCAGGCGGCAAGGCGCACUACGCUCUCUCCCUCUCUCUCUCUCUCUCUCUAGGGUUUCCGCCGCCGGGGAUGAGCGCCUCCAGGCCGGACCACCGGCGCCACCACCCGCCGUUCCUGCGCGACCUCUCGUCCCCCAUAUCCUCGUCGCUGCGGUUGCCCCCGGCCUCGCUCCGGCGCGAGACACAGGCCUCCACCCCGCCGCCGCCUCCGCCGCUGCGCUCCCUCGAUGACCUCUCCCACCUUUCCCCUUCCCCGCAGCCGGCCACGCCUCCUCAGGCGACGAUGAGCCCCUCGCCUCCGCCUCCACGUGGCGCUGGCCUCUUCGCAUCCCCGCUGCGGUCCCAUGGCUCGCCCGCCCCCUCGGCUUGGUGGCCCCCUUCGGGGGAGGAGAAGCCCAGGGAGGGAUCGCCGAUGGAUGGCGUUGUUCAGAACCAGCAGCAGUCCCCAACGACGCCGUCGGGGCAGCAGUCCCAGCAGCAGCAGAAGGUUGUGCUGAUCACACUGCCUCCGCCCCGGGAGGUAGCGCGGCCAGAGAUGCCCAGGGAUUCGGCGCCUGCUGCUGGCCAGGUUGACGAGGAGUGGAUCACCGUUUUUGGAUUUUUCCCUGGUGAUACUAACUUGGUGCUGCGAGAAUUUGAGAAAUGUGGGGUAGUCCUGAGACACGUGCCUGGCCCAAGGGAUGCGAACUGGAUGCAUAUCUUGUAUCAGAGUCGGCAUGAUGCACAGAAAGCACUCGCGAAACAUGGGCAGCAGUUAAACAGUGUUCUUAUUAUUGGGGUGAAGCCAGUGGUUGCGUGGCAGCGACAGUACCUGAAUGAGAACACCAACGUGAACUAUCAGGGCAGCGCAACAGUCACAUUUCCAUCACAGCCUGUAGCACCAAGCACCUUUGCGACCAGAAGCUCACUAGCACCAUUGCCUAGCAACUCAAUGCCAAAUGGCAGCUGCAAUGAGAGCAGUAGUGGUGCUUCUGGAGCCAUUGCUUCGCCUUCAAAGUCUGUCUUGUCCAAAGUCAUGGACUUGAUGUUUGGCCUUUAAGUUCCACUCUUAAACUCCUGGUGGCUACCUUUUUUUUUGUUUAGGCAAUUCUAGGCCAAAAUGAGGAUCACUCGUCAAUGUUACGCCAAUAUUUUUUAGUCACCAUGGCUCGCAUUGGGUAUCAAUGCACAGGUAGUGUAUCGUAUGCCACCCGACCAUUGUGUAAACUGUAAUAGGACUCGUGGUUGCAAAUGUUGCUGGAAUCGACUCAUUGGUGGCAAAUGUUCUGGUCUUCUGGAGCCAAUCUUUUCUGUGCCUCUGUGGAUCUUUUCAUCUGAGAAAAAAGGUCUUGAAGUGAUGUGAUGUUGCAUAGUCUAUUUAAUCUAACAUGCUAGCUGAGUUGCAAAAGUCAAAACGUGCAGUGCAAGCCUGUUAUAAAGGAUUUGAGCUACGGGAUGGUAUCCUGCCUCAUAAAAGUCAAACUGGGAAUGGGAUAUGAAUUGUUCCCCUCCAGGAAACAACGAAUCUGGGUCCUCUUUGUUCCGCUGUUCUCUGUAUCUCGCUCGAACUAAAAGAAAAGAGGGUCUUACCUCUUGUUUUUUGUCAGGUCGGUGUAGACUUGUCACAGACAUGUUAAAGAAAAUAUGAAAUUAUGAUGAUUGAAAUAAAGUGGUCAACGCUUUGAUGGUGA